ACAUAGAUUCAGGGAAACGGGAAUCGAAUACAGUAAUUCUUAAAAGUGUCUUCAGGAUAAAUAUAAUAUUCAGUCCCCCAACGCCUCACUUCCUCCUCCUGUCUCACCUCCCUCCGUUCUCUGCUCCCAGCUUUCCUCACAGCUGGUGCUGGAGACCGGGAAUGGCUCGCAGCGAGCGCGGGCGGGGGCGGCCACUCUCCGCUGUAGCCAAGGGGACAGAGCGGGUUGGAGGGUGGAGACAAGGCGAGGCGAGGCAACUAGCGCCGGAGAAGAGCUCAGCUGCGGGCAGUUUUUCUCCAGGACCUGUCAAGUCAGACCUCACGUGUAGACCAGGAGAUUCGAGCAAAGGCUACGUAGCCAGCGGCGCCCACUAAGCGCAGCCCAGCUGUGGCCUGAGCCUCAGGAGGUCAAACCUAACGGAGGCGAGAGAAGAAAACGGAGCGUGGAUGACAAUCAGAAUAGGAUGAGCGUGAAUGGGAGCAAAUGAUGCCGCCCCUUCGCUCAGAGCACCCUCCCCCCACGUGCUCAAACCCCCAGCGAACCGUCCCGGGAGGCCGAUGAAGCCGCUGCAGUAAAAGAAGAGGAGAGGAUAUAUAUUCUCAAGUUGGAAGGGACUCAGGCUCGGUUACCACAUCCUCUGCUUUCAGAACUUUUUUUUUUUUGGUCUCCUACGUGCAGGAGGGAGUCUUGUCCUCUCGCUUGCAUUCCGCCAAGAGUCCCCCUCCUCCACUCUAGACCUCCCUAGCGCCUCCCCGCCCGCUCCAUCUCCCAAGUAGCCAGGUUUUCGAUCCUGACACCUCCCGGGCUGGGAUCUCCAUUACGAAGUUGGGAGAGGGGUGUGUAAGCCCGGGGUGGGCCACGACAACCGGCAGUGUGCCCUGCGUUGUCCUCGGCUUGGACCACACCUGAGCGUUUCCCAGUGCGGGACCCCGCCCGUCAUCCCACCCUCCGCGCUCCGGCACUUGGGCGCUGCUGCAGCGCACUCGCGGCUCCCUAGCGGCGGCAGGGAGCGCGAGCACCAGGGUGGAGAGAGUAGUGGUGCGCGGGUGGGAGGUACUCCCCUUGGGAGCCCGGGAAAUCCUGGCCGCCACCAGGGGCCGUGCCAGCGACCUCGCGGUAUGGCUUCUCGUGCGCCACCAACUUUCUGGCGCCCCCAGGCCGCAGCCGUCGGGAUGGAGCUGCCUCCCAGCGGCCGGGCGCUGCUGGACUCGUCGCUGGACAGCGGCUCCCUGACCUCGCUAGACUCCAGCGUCUUCUGCAGCGAAGGCGAAGGGGAGCCCCUGGCGAUCGGGGACUGCUUCACGGUCAAUGUGGGCGGCAGCCGCUUUGUGCUUUCGCAGCAGGUGCUGUCUUGCUUCCCGCACACGCGCCUUGGCAAGCUGGCGGUCGUAGUGGCGUCGUACCGGCGCCCCGGGGCCCUGGCCGCCGCGCCCAGCCCCCUGGAGCUCUGCGACGAUGCCAAUCCCGUGGACAACGAGUACUUCUUCGACCGCAGCUCGCAAGCAUUCCGAUACGUCCUGCAUUACUACCGCACCGGCCGCCUGCACGUCAUGGAGCAGCUGUGCGCGCUCUCGUUCCUGCAGGAGAUCCAGUACUGGGGCAUCGACGAGCUCAGCAUCGACUCCUGCUGCAGGGACAGAUACUUCAGAAGAAAGGAGCUGAGUGAAACUUUAGACUUUAAGAAGGACACAGAAGACCAGGAAAGUCAACACGAGAGUGAACAGGACUUCUCACAAGGACCUUGUCCCACGCUCCGCCAGAAGCUGUGGGACAUCCUGGAGAAACCUGGAUCUUCCACAGCUGCCCGAAUCUUCGGGGUCAUCUCCAUCAUCUUCGUGGUGGUGUCCAUCAUCAACAUGGCCCUGAUGUCAGCGGAGUUGAGCUGGCUGGACUUGCAGCUGCUGGAAAUCCUGGAGUAUGUGUGCAUCAGCUGGUUCACCGGGGAGUUUGUCCUGCGCUUCUUCUGUGUGCGGGACAGGUGCCGCUUCCUGAGAAAGGUGCCAAACAUCAUUGACCUCCUUGCCAUCUUACCCUUCUACAUCACUCUUCUGGUGGAGAGCCUGAGUGGCAGCGAAACUACACAAGAGCUGGAAAACGUGGGGCGCCUCGUCCAGGUUUUGAGGCUGCUCAGGGCCCUGCGCAUGCUCAAGUUGGGCAGACAUUCCACAGGGCUACGCUCCCUUGGGAUGACAAUCACCCAGUGUUACGAAGAAGUUGGCCUACUGCUCCUCUUUCUGUCUGUGGGGAUUUCUAUCUUCUCAACUGUGGAAUAUUUUGCUGAGCAAAGCAUUCCUGACACGACCUUCACAAGUGUCCCUUGUGCGUGGUGGUGGGCCACAACCUCCAUGACGACGGUGGGCUACGGGGACAUUCGGCCAGACACCACCAUAGGCAAAAUCGUGGCCUUCAUGUGCAUAUUAUCGGGAAUCCUCGUCUUGGCCUUGCCUAUCGCUAUUAUCAACGACCGCUUCUCUGCCUGCUAUUUCACCUUAAAGCUCAAGGAAGCAGCUGUUAGACAGCGGGAAGCUCUGAAGAAGCUAACCAAGAAUAUAGCCACUGACUCAUACAUCAGCGUUAACUUGAGAGAUGUCUACGCCCGGAGCAUCAUGGAGAUGCUCCGGCUCAAAGGCAGAGAAAGAGCAAGUACCAGGAGCAGCGGAGGAGAUGAUUUCUGGUUUUGAAUUCACGCUCACUUUAUUUAGAAAAGCUUGUGGAAAACUAACGCGAUUGAUAAAGUCUUGGUAUGGUUGCGUACUGUUGAGGAGUCUCUUUGGAGUACUACCUGUGUGGAUGUUUGCUGAUACAUUAAUGGCCUGGUCUACUAGACUAUCCCACCCCCCACAAACAACUGCACAUUGUUUUGAUACACUUGAGUCUCAAAAAUAGCCAUUUAGCAUAACCCAAUACAACUAGGCCAAUAUAUACAUGUCUGAAUGGCCAAAUAUAAAAUAACAUUGCCAUGCAUACAAUAAAGUUAAAAAUUGUGUGCAUCACUAAUUUUAAAAGCUUUUUGCACCACUAAUUAAAAAAAAUAGUUCAACUGCAAAGGCCCAAGAAAAGAGAAGUGAACAUUUAAGAAGAUACUGAACAACUUCACUAUUUAAAGAUAUUCCCCAAGUAAAAUAAACCACCCCUUUCUCCAUCAGUUAAAGCUGUUGAAUAUAACAGCUGUACACAACAGAAAAUCCUGAUUGGUUGAUUAUAGCUUGUAUCGAUAUCUUCCCUCUGGUGCAAACCACUGGUCACAAAUGGACUGAGCUCUGUAUCAUUACUAUUGGAGGUGGGACUUCCCAAACUGCUUAUACUGCAGGAGAAGAAUGCUGCACACAAGCUUUGAGAACUGUACACUUCAUCCUCCCACUGAGGGCUAGAUGUGGAGCAUAAAGCAGAUACCUUAUAGCACUCCAUGGAAAUUACAUGGUCUUUAAAAAUCUCCUUAUUGAUGUAGUGUUCACUUGAUGUCUUUAAAAUCAUGAGUAUGCAAAGGUGAAGUAGUGAAGAUCCUAAAUGUAUGGAAUGGUCUUAUUUCAUAAAAUGAGAAUGUGUUGAAUGAUAUCACUGAAUGAACUUGAAGAUCUUUUAUUUGUUAAGAAAUAUUAUGGAUAACUUUCUGACUGUUGGGGCAAAUAACAAAUGUUCAAACCUUGCACGUAUUUUUGACAGCAUUUGACAAUCAUUCAUGAUAAUAAAACUCCUAGACAUUUGGUUAUAUAAUUAAAGCAUAAAACUCUUAACUAAUAAUUAGUUUAUGUUUCCCAAUAUUCUAGUAAAUGAGAUUUUUUAAA